UGAAAACUAGUACACAGGUUAAGUUUCUAUUUCCCAGCUCUGAGCUUUUCAAAGGGGGCGUGUCCUGAAGGGAUCAUUUUAAAAUGAGCUGCAGCAUCUUCCUCUGCUGUUCGGUGAGACGGUGAACUUCACUCACUACAGAUCAAUAACCAGAUCACUGCAAGAAACUUGGAGGAUCUUCACCAUACAAGUCGUCCAUCAUGGUGGUGAGCACCCUGAAUGAACUGCCCCUGCUGAAAUGCUCCGGCUUCGGUCAGCCGUGGCCGAGACAUGGCCUGGACCUGUUGUACUGGUUUGCUCAUGACUAUAUAGACUUAAGCAAUGGUGAAAUUGUCCCCUGGUUCAGGCCUCAGAAUGGAAACUUUGGCUUUCACAAGUACCACAACAGAAUUGAAGAAGAGGAUCACAUUGUGCCCAUUCAGAAUCUCCCAUACUAUGAGGUGGGCAACCUGAAUUAUCCAGGAGCAGAGCAGCUCCCAGAUUAUGUCACGGCAAAAUACAACCGCAGUAGGCCUAUUCUUGACAGUAACAAGGAUCGCAUUAUUGUGCGUCUGGACGAAAAUGGCAGCUUCAACAGGGUGUAUGUGACUGAACACAGCGACCUGAAACGAUUCGACAGCAGCAAAACCUACCGCGUGAGUCAGGGCCUCCUCCAGAUCAUCCAGAACAUGAGUCGAGAUCAGUAUCUCUCUGUGGUCACCAACACCCGAGAGGAACAUGUCAGACUACAGAGUCAGAGUUACGAGACGCCGUCUAACAACGACUCCUGGUGUGCCAUUCUUUAAAUAUAAAGAGCCUGCCAUUCAUCUACUCUCAUUUUAUUAUAGAAAUAUUUUUAAUAUAAUCUUUUACAUUAAACUGAUUAAAAUAUUCAUUAGUGAUGUGCGGGAAAUCGCGCCUUUAUGAAUCGAUUGUGUGAAUCGAAGCACGUACCUGUCCAAGUCACGUGAUUUCAGCAAACGAGGCUUCGUUGUAUCCUACUGUUUUGAAAUGUAAGUGCUGUGAGGAUGGGGUGGUAUUAAAUGUAUUAAACGUGUGGUUGUCAGUGAAUCUCGAGUCAUUUUUACCAUGUAAGUUGAUUAGAAUGCAUUUACAGGACUUUAACCAACUGAUGUCGUCAGCGUGCAGAGUUUCGAGCGCCCGAAGAUUCAUUUGGUUCAGUUCAAUUGGUUCAGUUGAAUCGAAGCCUUACUUCUCCCGUCACUAUUAUGUUAUUUCAUGUUUAUAAUCACACAUAUUUAUUCAUUUGCUGUUUUCCUUUCAUUUCUAUUCAAUAUGUGAUUUCUCUGUCUUGGUUUGAAAUAAAAUGACUUUGGAAACUCA